AAUUGAGGUAUAUUCUUUCUCUCUCAAAACGAAUUGUUCUCUCUUUUUCUCUCUCUCUCCUCCUUUCAACUUAGAUAAGGAAGAGAAGAGAGAAAAAAACCACCAUCGUUGCCGCUUCUAAUCAAAACAAACCAACAUGGCAAAUGACGGCGACACCGUUGAGAUCACGAACGUCAACAAACCUUCCCCUAAGCUUUCAUCCUUGAAGUUUCCGUUGAGCUUUUUCGAAGCUACGGUUGCUUCCACGGUGGCGCUGAGCUUUAUCGUCGGUCUUCUCGGUGUUUAUCUCACCAUGCCAGAUUCCGAUUACAGCUUCCUUAAACGCCCGAGAAGCCUCCAAGAUCUUCAACUUCUAAGAGAUAACCUUGAGAGUUAUACAAGUGACUACACUGCACAGGUCUUGGUGGGAUACUGCGUGGUUUAUAUUUUCAUGCAGACUUUCAUGAUUCCGGGGACUGUAUUCAUGUCAUUGCUUGCUGGAGCACUUUUUGGUGUUUUUAAAGGCGUGGCUCUGGUUGUAUUUACAGCCACUGCCGGAGCUUCUUCGUGUUUCUUCCUGUCAAAGGUUAUUGGAAGACCUAUUCUGUUCUGUCUCUGGCCGGAGAAGUUGAAGUUCUUCCAGACACAGGUGGCUAAGAGAAGAAAGAGUUUGUUGAACUAUAUGCUUUUUCUUAGAUUGACUCCGACCCUUCCUAACACGUUUAUUAAUUUCGCAUCGCCAAUUGUCGAUGUUCCUUAUCAUAUUUUCUUCAUUGGAACUGUCAUUGGUCUCAUACCCGCUGCUUAUGUCACUGUCAGGGCUGGGUUAGCUCUUGGGGAACUACAAUCAAUUGGAGAUCUCUAUGAUUUCAACUCAAUGGCUACAAUAUUCCUCAUAGGCAUAGUUUCAGUUACACCAACACUAAUGGGCAAGAGCGAUUCAUAACAGUUCAGAAACCACCAACUCUAGUAUGUGUACAGAAUCUUCAGAAAACUAUUGCUACCUGGUUCUCUGCCAAUGUAUUCAUUGCCAAGUGCUGCAGUAAUUCGAGACAAUCAUAUUAUUGACGCACGCGGCAAGAAACGGGGUUUGGAAGAAUCAAUUUAUGCACAUUGUUCAUAAGUUGUUAUGUAUAAAACAUACGCUUAUUGACUAGUUAGUAGUUUAUUUUAUCUUGUUUUUUCGAUUCAUAAUAUAAUUUAGUUCGUUCAAAGUGUUCUCCUGACAUUUCAUAUCUUUAGGAUUCAUAUCAGUUUUUAUUUCAGUUUUCAUUGUACAAAUGUCAUACUGCUGAAUGUUUCGUAUCAGAAAAAGUAAGGGGAUGCUUUAAAGUAAAGUAAUGGAAGGUUAAUGAAA